UUCUUACUUCCAUUCAGCGUCCUCCCUCGCUAUAUAUAGCCACUCUGUCUCUCUCCUCUCUUAGCACGCAGUUAGGAAAGCAGCAGCUUCUAAUGGCCGCCACUACAGACUCCACAAAACCCAUCAUCUUGGCAUGGGGUUCAGGCGAAGACGGGCAGUUGGGCAUUGGAAACUCCGAAGAGAAAGAUUGUGUCUGUAGCAUCAAAUCUCUCGAAAACGAGAAUGUCUCUGCCGUCGUUGCUGGUAGCAGAAACUCUCUCGCCAUCUGUGAUGACGGAAAGCUCUUUACAUGGGGAUGGAACCAGAGAGGUACCUUAGGCCACCCCCCAGAGUCCAAAACCGAGAGCAUCCCCAGCCAAGUUAAAGCUCUUGCCAAUGUCAAGAUUGUUCAGGCAGCUAUUGGCGGGUGGCAUUGUCUGGCAGUUGACGAUCAAGGCCGAGCUUAUGCAUGGGGUGGGAAUGAGUAUGGCCAAUGUGGGGAGGAACCCGAGCGGAAAGAUGAUAAUGGCAGGGCUCUGAGAAGGGAUAUUGUUAUUCCUCAGCGUUGUGCGCCAAAGCUUUCUGUUCGCCAGGUGGCUGCUGGAGGUACACACUCUGUGGUGCUCACACGUGAUGGGCACGUAUGGACUUGGGGCCAACCAUGGCCUCCUGGGGAUAUCAAACAGAUAUCCACUCCUGUACGGGUUCAGGGUCUUGAAAAGGUGAGGCUUAUUGCAGUUGGCGCUUUUCAUAAUUUGGCACUCCUAGAGGAAGGAAUGUUAUGGUCAUGGGGCAAUAAUGAAUAUGGACAACUGGGGACUGGGGAUACUCAACCGAGAUCACUACCUAUUCCUGUUCAAGGACUGUCAGGUCUUACCUUGGUUGAUAUUGCUGCAGGUGGAUGGCACUCCACUGCACUGACAGACGAUGGGGAGGUGUAUGCCUGGGGUAGGGGUGAGCAUGGAAGGCUUGGAUUUGGUGAUGAUAAGAGCAGUAAAAUGGUGCCCCAAAGGGUUCAACUCCUUGUGGGGGAGGAGAUAGUUCAGGUUUCUUGUGGAGGUACACACUCAGUUGCGUGCACACGCGAUGGACGAAUGUUUUCAUUUGGGCGUGGAGAUCAUGGACGUCUUGGAUAUGGGAGGAAAGUGACAACCGGUCAUCCAAUGGAAGUGCCGAUAAACCUGCCACCACCAAGAAACCUCAACCAUGCUGAAGGACGGUGGUGUGCCAAACUUGUUGCCUGUGGCGGACGCCAUACUUUGGCGAUCGGUUCAUGGAAGGAAGAACCAGAACAGUUGAUAUCAAGCUAAUAUAUAAAUGUCUCAAAAAAUGGACAGCGAUGGGCACGUAUCAUGGAGGGACUAGCUUCCUUGGGGCAUCCAUCUGUUCACUUUGCGUACAUCUCAGACCAUGUCUUUUGUAUUUAAAUAGAAGGUUAUUUAUAUAAAUAAAUUAUAAUGGAAUUGCAUAA